AGCCUAGUCGUGUCUCCUCUCCUCUCCCCUCCCCUCCUCCGUGCUGCUCCGCCCCUCGAUCGGCUGGCUCUACUUUGCAUGGUCCCCGGCCGGGCCUCCUCUUGCGUGCUCUCCGACCUCAGUCACGGCGCCCAUCACGGCCCCUUAAAACCGCAUACUACACAGAAACAUAUACCACCAAGCUUGCUAGCUUGUCGCCUCACAAGCUACGGCGAGCUACUAGGCGAAGUAGAAUUAUUCCUGGGGCCGCGCGGCAGCUAGCUCCUAGCUCGCAGCCGGCCAUGGCGAAGCCGCAGGAGGUCCGCAGCGUCGACUCCUUCUCGCAGCUACCGUUCAUCCGGCCGGCGCCGGCGCCGAGGGACGCCACCAUCCGUCUGUUUGGCCGCGAGUUCCCCAGCGACCACAACCAGCAGCAGCAGGACGCCGCGUCCGACUCCCCCGACGCUGCCAACAACGGCAGCACGGUCACGUGCGAGAGCAACGGCGCGGCCAAGAGCGGCGCCGCGGCCGAGAGGAAGUUCGAGUGCCACUACUGCUGCCGCAACUUCCCGACGUCGCAGGCGCUGGGCGGGCACCAGAACGCGCACAAGCGCGAGCGGCAGCACGCCAAGCGCGCCCACCUCCAGGCCUCCCUCGCCAUGCACCGCUACGUGCCCGGACACAUGUACGGCCUCUUCAACUACUACCCCCACCCCCACCCCAUCGGCGGCGGCGCCCGCUUUGACCACCCCGCGCCGCCGCCGCCGCCGCUGCAGCACUACCCGAUGUGGACGACUAGCGCCAGCCCCGCGGGGCCCUACGGCGGCGGCCCGGGCUCCAUGUCGCAGCCAAUCAACGGUAGCCCGGUGCCCGCGGGGCUCUGGAGGGUGCCGCCGCCCCCCGCGGCUACUGCCAUGGAGAAUUUCGGCGUGUCCGCCCGGCACGGCGCUAGUGGUGGCACGGCCUUCCCGGUCGGGCCGCCUGGUGGGGAGGCAGCAGCGUGCAAGGACGAUAAGGCGGCGGUGAUGAUGAGCUUGCUGUCCCCCUCCCCCUCGCUCUCGUCGUGCUCGUCCACGUCGCCGGAGACGAAGCUAGCAGGUAGGUAUGAACUGGCCCGCCAGAAGGAGACUGUUGUUAGCUUGGACCUCCAUUUGUAAUCCUUUCUUGUUUAUUUAUUUACAUAGUAGGUCUCCGAUCUCUCCCGUCGUUGUGGAUUAGCAGUCGCAAGCGCGUGUCAAUUCUCAUAGUUUUCUAAAUAAUCGUUUCUACGUA